UGGAGUGUUGAAAUUUCAGGGUUAAACAUGUCAGAGUUGAUUUCAACUCUCAAAGUGUCAUUUUAACACAUUCUGAUUAAAAUGGUGUUCAGUGUUGGAGUUAUUUAACAGAGUUAUUCCAACCUAAGCAAAUCAACUCUGUAGAGAUGUAAAGUGCAUCUCGGCCGAGUUAACUUGCUUGAUAGGCCCCUGGGCUUCAGUCCAGGUAACCCCAUGUGUUAUGCCCCUGGGCUUUCAGCAGGGUGAACCCGUGCAUCAAUCAAUAGUCUCCUGUGCGUGGCGUGGUCAACCGUCGUUUAUUUCGCUGCUGGAAUCAGGAAUGGAUGCGAAGUUGGACUUUUACACGAGAGAAAAAUGUUGAUCCAGGUUCGGUAUUGCCAACAGCAGAAGUAUGUGAAGUUGGAUGAGGUUGAUGGAUGUUUUGAUUUUGUGCAGUUCCAUGACAAAGUCAUCGAGAGAUUUUGCCUGCCACCUGACGCAAAAUUAGUGUACAAAGAUGCAACAGGGACAGAAGUUGAUGAGGACAUUUUCAGUGACCUUGUCAGCCAAGGCAAUGUGACUCUAUCGGUUUUCUCAAAUGACGAAUUUUCCGAUUGCUCCUUGUCCUCUCCAUCCGAUUAUUCUGAUUCAAGCUUCAGUUCAUGUGCAAGUACAUCAACUAUACUCCUAGAUGAGGUUCCUAGGAAGAAACCAAGACUUGAGGGCCCACUUACUGCAGCAUCUGCUAGAAAGUUGAUUGAAGAUGUCCUUGGUACCAGCUCAGGUGGUGAAGAGGUCCUCCAAGAGUAUCACACAACAAAAACUCUAACAGAUGCUACCAGAAGAAAGUUGGUCAAUAUAAUAGUGGCACACAUGAUUGAUAAACACGGGCAACUCCCAAGCAAAGCUGUUCGAGAAGAGUACGCUCUUGGGAUAGUGACAGUGUUCCCGUCCCUCAAAGACCCAUACUCCAAGAAAGGCUAUGAACAUUUCUAUGAUGCUGCAAGCAGCACCGGAUACAUUUCUUGGCGUCUGAAAACGAUUCAGAGAAAGAUUCGAAGAGGACAUGCAUCUACAAGUAGCCCCACUGGCUUUUCCCCAGGAGGAGGAGGCCCAAAUGUGCGCAGGUCCAUUGUUGUUGACCAGCAGCUUGAUGGGGAUACAUACCAGGAAGCCAUCUCCUUGCUCAACCAUACAACAGACAGUUCCGUAAUUUUUCUGAAGAUGAGAGAGACCUUUCAGAAUCGCCAAAAACUCAUCCACGACUCAGACAAAACUCAAGAUAUCUUCUCCAUCUUCCCAAGAUUCCUGGAUACAAAGGGAUUGAUGAAUCAAGACUUCACACUCCUGUUUGAAGAGGAGGUUUCCAACCUGCUGCUCCAGAAAUGGGAUCCGUUCUUCAGAGAUAACGUCAUCAAAGAGGCCAAGCGGCUCACCCCAACACCUGAGCUGCGCCGAAUGCUGCAGGCCGCAGAGUCUCCAGGAAGUGAACUUGAUGAGGCACCAAUUGGGUUAAAGUCGAUGGUGUUGAGUACAAAGGUGGACUUGUUGUUUGCAGUUCCAUGGAGGAAGACAUGCCAGUCUUUUGUCAAAUAGAUGAUGUACUUCUGGUUGAAGAUGACGUUUAUUUUUUGACAAAAAAGCUAUUUACAGAGAUGUUUGUUGAACACCACCAUGCCUUCAAAGUUUUACCAACUGAAGAGAGGUGUGUCAUGAAAAUGACUGAACUCAAAUGUCACAAACCAUUUGAUAUUCAAAGCUCAUAUGGUAAAGCAGAUGAAAGUUUGUACAUUAUACCCUCGUUUAUUAUGUUUUAACUGACUGCAUUGGGGGAAAGUUCUUAAAAUAAAUGGUAAGCAGAUGGAGGUUUGUACAUUAUACCCUCAUGUUUUAACUGACUGCAUUGGGGGAAAAGUUAAAAUAAAUUGUGUUUUUGAAAAUGCA